AUGUCGUUAGCCAGGGCCUAUAAGGAACAUCAAAAUAAGCAAACAAACAUUAUCAAGCCAGAAAGAGAACACUUGAAAUCAGAGACCAAACAUGCUGUCUCUUACGCUGUAGACUCUUUAUACGAUGCAGUCAACCUUCAAGUCUCAAAAGCCUUCCAGAUUCAACGUGAAUUGGAAGCAGAAUCAAAACGAUUAGAAGCUGCUGCCGUUGAAUUCUCAAAGCAAACACGGUUAUGGUUGGCACUGGUGAAUCAGUUCAACGAUGGGCUCAAGGAAUUGGGAGAUGUCCAGAACUGGUCUGGCAUUAUUGAAAAGGACGUUAGAUCCAUUGUGGGCACUAUGGAACGUGUGGCCGGAAUUGCUGAAGAGGAAGCGCUGGGAUCAUCUUCUGUAGAGCUUGUAGAGACUAAAGCUCUAACACCACGGAGUGUCUCAUGA